CCUCGCCCUGCUGCGCACUGUCGACUCUGUUUUAGCCUCACAGACUACGUCAUUCGAAUUUGCGAGAACAUGUUCGGCCUACCGGUAACCAUCUAGCGACCUCCGAGAACGGGAACAUACCAAAACAAAAUCUGCUAGAGGUCGUCAGCUGAUUACCUCAAGACAGGUAAUACUUAGAUCGUUGGUCCUCAGAAUUUUCAUAAGCACUAUGCGUACCGAGACCAUGACGUAUCUCGAGGCACUUCCGAAUGAGCUUCUCGCUCGAAUCGUUUCCUUUUCUGACAGGAGGUCGCUUGCCCAGCUCAGACUCACGAACAAGAGGCUAGAGGAUAUUGCUGUUGUUAAGCUCUUUGAAAGAGUAACGCUUUAUGCUCACUGGGCAAAACAGAGUGAUGAAGAGUCGGAAGACAGGUCAGCGCGCGACUAUCAGAGUCCAGUCCUCGACAAAUCUAAUGAUCAUUACGGAGAUGACAGGGAGGACUAUGUACCAAGAAGAGACUCUGUCGAGAGACUUGGGUCUGAGAUGCAAAAAGACGAAGAAGACGGCUUCAUAGCUGGCUCGGACGAAGACGAAGAAUAUGGUCUCGUUCCUACACCAGACCUGCAUGAUCAAGGCCGAAGGGACCUAGACCAGAGGUCUGGUCAAGCAAGAAAAGACGAUGAUGAUGGGUUUUUAGCGUGUCCAGAUAUGGACGAUGACUUGUCCACUGCUGGAGACAAUAGCCUGAGUGUUAGACCACGUUUUCGUGGUGGGAGUUCCCUACAGGACCGGGAUUCAGCCUCAGAGGCAAGCGACCGUCCACCCCGGCCUGACCCUUUCAGCGUGGGGUUACCUGACUUUCGGCUAUACGAGAAGCAACGCCAUCAAAAGUGGGAGGCGGCCCGGCCCCAGUGGGCUCGUGACAAUUUCCCAGGGCCUUCUGACUACGAUGCCGCAGUGUUUUUGAACAUCGUCGAAAACGAGAGAUUACGGAAUUUCGUAAAGGAAGUGCGAGUCUACACUUGCGAGACACAUUGCGACCAUCAUCCUAAAACUGGAGAACAGUUGUUUCCAGAAUCAUGGCCAGAACCAAAUUUCCAUCCCCAUUACGUUUCUUCCAUCCAAGGACUCGGUGAAUUUCCAAACGUCUGCGGGCUGAACGUACACUUCGACCGCCAUGCCGCCUAUGGCGACUCUGAUGAUUUCUUCCAAGGUCCUGAAUUCCAGCACUUAUGGCUAGAAAAGAUCACGAAGGCAGCCAAAGAGAGCAUAAGCCACCUCGCCGUUCGUCAUUUUGCGAACCCACAGCUUCCAGAAGGCAAAAGGAUGGAUGUGCCACGAUUCAUGCGUCAAGUUGCAAAAGCUUCUUCACUGCGACUUAGUGUGAAACACGCGGAAACGCAUCCGGGCGCCGGCACAACAUAUCGCGAUGGCCAUGUACAUCCCUUCUGGGAAAGUUUCCCAGCCCUAUUUCUUCUUCCAGCAAGUACCACCCUGACCGCCCUUGUACUUUAUUCCGACAUUCCGCUUGGGUGGUUUCCAAAGCUCGACCUACGAGCCGUCCACCUCCCUAACCUAGCAUCGCUCACUCUUGGCCACCAUAUCCUGCACCAUAAUCAUCAAGUCGAUUGGAUCGUUUCUCAUGGGGAGACACUACGCGAGCUGAUCUUCGAUCGAUGCUCCAUCCUCUAUCAGAUUGGAUGCAAUACACUUGGCUGGUUGGAUGACGAUGGUUAUCCCAAAAAUGAUCCCACCACUGAUUUCGAUGGCUGGGGGUGGUCAGCUGAUCCAGAAGAUGAUGGUGAUGAGGAGUUCGGGCGCAACCUCCUGUUCAAGUCCAAUGAUCUGCGCUGGGGCACUGUAUUCUCCCGCCUCGCGUCGUCUCUCCCGCGCCUGCACGAAUUUCGCUUCGGCACCUCGUCGCAGUGGGACUUCGAUACAACAACUGUCCAUUUCCGCUCGGGUGCUACCACACAUAUGCCAAUCAUGCCAUGGGAAGACGAACACAACCUCAAUAACAGUCUUUUCGAGGAAAGAUAUGUCAUCUGGGACGACUGGCAGAACGAGUACCGCUCCAAAUGGAUGAAGACUCUUCACGGGAGAGAUGAGUUUGGAGUUGAUUGGCGGGACGAGUGGCUUGAAUUGGCGGAGGAGUAUCCGCAAUGCGAGAGAGAUGAUUUGGAGGCGCUGCAGGCGUUACUGGAGACUAUCAAGGGCCGAUGAUGCGAGCGCUAAAGAAGUUCGCAACACUAGCAGGUGAUCAUACCAGUCACAAACAUCAUUUGGCGAAGUGGAUUCGAUUGCUCAUACAAGUGACGGCAUAACAGC